UGCGGGCGUCGAAAAUGUAAAGUUCAGACGAAACGUGCUCUUCGUUGAAAUUAAUUUAAUUAAAGGACAUACCGGCAAUCAGAGAGCAACACUGGAACUUGAAGACACAAGUGAGGAAAGAUCUCGUUUAUGAUGGAAGCGCUGUAUCUCCAGACCAACGGCCUUAUUCAGGAAACGCAACAAUGCUUCCAACGUCUCAGCGAUACUCGUGCCGAUGCCGAAGAAAUCGCACACGACAUCGAGAUGAAGAUUAUGGCCGCUAAUGGCAACUGUGAUCGGUUGGAUGUGCUGCUGUUUAAAGUGCCCGUUGCGCAGCGACAGAACGCUAAGAUGCGCGUAGAUCAACUCAAGUACGAUAUUCGGCAUCUACACGCCGCCUUAAAAAUGUUUCACGAGAAACGGCAACGCCGGGCGACGGAGCUCGCAGAGCGGGAAAGUUUGCUGAGCAAACGGUUCACCGCCAAUAGCGACACGACAUCGAUUGACAUCGAUUAUUCCCUGCAGCAUCAUAAUUCCAUGCAAAAUGCGCACCAAGGGGUCGACGAAAUGCUUUGGACGGGCUCGAACGUUCUGGACGGUCUACGGUCGCAGCGCGAAACUUUGAAAGGGGCUCGUAAACGAAUCCUGGACAUCGGAAACACGCUCGGAUUGUCGAAUCAAACCAUGAAGAUGAUCGAACGAAGACUGGUGGAGGACAAGUAUUUCUUGUACGGGGGAAUGUUCGUGACGACGGCUAUUAUUGUUUUAGUAAUUUAUUUUUUGGUACUUUAGCGACGGAAUACAAAACACUCGCUUCGCUGUUA